AGUAUGCAGCCUUCGUGUCAGAUGCAGAAUAGCAACUUCCGCUUGUUGACAUUUGCCCUGUCUCUUUCUUUUCGUCCCUGUCCGAUUGAGGAAAGUGCACACAUUUUGUGCCAGCUCUUUUAAUCUGAAAAAUAUCGGAUAAUAUUUACCUAUAAUGGCCAAGCGUACCAGGAAAGUUGGAAUCGUCGGUAAAUACGGUACCCGAUAUGGUGCUUCGCUGCGUAAGAUGGUGAAGAAGAUGGAAAUCACCCAGCACGCCAAGUACACCUGCACGUUCUGCGGCAAGGAUGCCAUGAAGCGGUCCUGCGUCGGAAUCUGGUCGUGCAAGCGAUGCAAUCGCGUCGUUGCUGGCGGUGCCUGGGUGUACUCGACUACCGCAGCCGCCUCGGUGCGAUCAGCUGUCCGACGUCUGCGUGAGAUGUAAAAAGGAUUAACUCGGAAACGGGAGGCCGAAGUGAUGCAUGCGAAAUGGUAGCCGGUGGUGGUGGUGGUGGUGAUACUUCCCAUUGAUUUUCAAAACUAAAAUGUGACAAAUUCCAUCAUGUUUUAGUUAGUGGAAGCAAUCCGCCGUCGGAUUCAACUCCGAUUGGCACCUAUCGUCUACGUUUUGUGUGAAUCAGAUCGUCUGUUAAUAAAAUGUGAAGGGUUCUGUACGGAACGAAUGGAAUGGAAACAGUCCUGAAAGGAAAACAAA